AUGUGCUUGCAAAAUCAAAAAUUACCCAACUCUAUCAUUGAUAACAUGAAAUUCACCCUUUUGAUAACCACUGCUUUGGCCUUGUUUGCUACUGCCUCUACUGCUAUGCCUACGCAUCAAAAUUGUGCUAUUGCAAACUCCUCUGCUCCUUCCAGCUCGUCCUCUGGCUAUGACAUUCAUUUGAAAUCAGACACUGCCUUCUGCUCUUUCAUGCCACCUCAUCCCGGAGACAAUGUUGGUGCUACAGAAAACAACGGUAUUCCCUUCUGUACGAACGCUACUCUUGGUGGACAAGUCUUCCCUCAAGGUUUCAUCAAGACUGCCCACUUUUUGAAUACGACUGAUUACGCUCAGGUUACGGGUACAAUUGACAGAGCUGCGUAUCAACUUGAUCCCAACGAUGGCGGAGGACAAUACGACAACAUGGACAUCAAGAAUGUCACUUGCAAUGGCUACAAGUUCUUUGUCAAUCUCAUUGAGCCUGAUGCUAACGUGUUCUGUAUCCGUUGUUGUGAAAACCAAUCGGAUUGUAACUUGGGAAUCUCUACCUAUGGUUGCGAGAGAAUUGUCCCUGGUGACUAUAGUUAG